GACGCAGGGCCGAGGGGGCUGUCGGGACGGGCUCAAGAUGGCCGGAUGCUUUGGUGCCUUUCCUAUCCGCGGCCUCAAACCCCAUUCAUUGCUGCGCUGCUGAGCGGCGUCGCGAGCCGGCCCGAGGGUCCCGGACGCUGUCCCCACGGGGCAGGAGACCGCCAUGGCGACCCUGGAGAAGCUGAUGAAGGCCUUCGAGUCCCUCAAGUCUUUCCAGCAGCAGCAACAGCAGCAGCCGCCACCGCCGCCGUCUCAGCCCCCUCAGCCGCCGCCACCUCAACCGCCGCCGCCUCCGCCGCCGCCCCCGCCACCUCCUGGUCCGGCAGUGGCGGAGGAGCAGCUGCCCCGACCAAAGAAAGAACACUCUGCCACCAAGAAAGACCGUGUGACUCAUUGUCUGACAAUAUGUGAAAGCAUAGUGGCCCAGUCUCUCAGAAAUUCCCCAGAAUUCCAGAAACUCCUGGGCAUCGCUAUGGAACUCUUCCUGCUGUGCAGUGACGAUGCCGAGUCGGACGUCAGGAUGGUGGCCGACGAGUGCCUCAACAAAGUCAUAAAAGCUCUGAUGGACUCCAGUCUCCCGAGGCUGCAGUUGGAGCUCUACAAAGAAAUUAAAAAGAACGGUGCUCCUCGAAGCCUGCGUGCUGCCCUGUGGAGGUUUGCUGAGCUGGCUCACCUGGUUCGGCCCCAGAAAUGCAGGCCUUACUUGGUGAACCUUCUGCCUUGCCUGACUCGGACAAGCAAGAGACCCGAGGAAUCUGUUCAGGAGACCUUGGCUGCAGCUAUCCCCAAAAUAAUGGCUUCAUUCGGCAACUUUGCAAAUGACAAUGAAAUUAAGGUUCUGCUGAAGGCUUUCCUGGCGAACCUGAAGUCCAGCUCCCCGACUGUUCGGCGGACGGCGGCCAGCUCCGCGGUGAGCAUCUGCCAGCACUCCAGGAGGACGCAGUACUUCUACAGCUGGCUGCUCAAUGUGCUCCUGGGCCUGCUGGCUCCCGUCGCGGACGAGCACCCGCCCCUGCUGGUCCUGGGCGUGCUGCUCGCACUGAGGUGCUUGGUGCCUUUGCUGCAGCAGCAGGUCCAGGACACCAGCCUGAAGGGCAGCUUCGGGGUCACGCGGAAAGAGACGGAGGUGUCCCCCUCGACAGAGCAGCUGGUGCAGGUGUACGAGCUGACCCUGCAUUACGCACAGCACCCAGACCACAACGUGGUGACCGGGGCUCUGGAGCUCCUGCAGCAGCUUCUCCGGACCCCGCCUCCCGCCCUGCUGCGGGCCCUGACCACGCCUGGUGGCCUGGCACAGCUUGGAGCCCCCAGCCGGGAGCCUGGCGGGCGGAGCCGCAGCGGGAGUAUUGUGGAGCUGAUAGCUGGAGGGGGUUCUUCGUGCAGCCCUGUCCUUCCAAGGAAACAGAAAGGGAAGGAGCUCUUCGGGGAAGCGGCCGCCCUGGAGGACGACUCGGAGCCGAGGUCGGAGGGCAGCAGCCCGGCCUUCCCAGCCUCGGUCAAGGGUGAGAUCUGUGGGGAGCUGGCCGCCCCUCCCAGGCUCUCCACUCCCGGCCCUGCCGGCUCAGCCGCGGCCGCCUCGGAUCGCGACAUCAUCACCGAGCAGCCCCGGGCGCAGCACACGCUGCAGCCGGACGCAGUGGACCUGGCCGACUGCGACUUGACGAGCGCCGCCACCGACGGGGACGAGGAGGACAUCCUGAGCCACAGUUCCAGCCAGAUCAGUGCUGUCCCGUCCGACGCAGCUGUGGACCUGAAUGAUGGGACGCAGGCCUCCUCCCCCGUCAGCGACAGCUCCCAGACCUCUACUGAGGGCCCCGAUUCGGCCGUGACCCCUUCAGACAGCUCUGAGAUUGUGCUGGACGGCGCUGACGGCCAGUACUCGGGGCUGCAGCUCGGCCCUCCGCAGGAGGAGGAGGAGGAGCCCUCGGGCCUCCUGGCGGACGAGGACGCGGACGCCUUCCCGCACUCCUCAGUUGAUUCUCCGUUUCCAGAAGCCCUUCAGCAAGCGCAUGUACUGGAGAGCAUGGGCCACCGCAGGCAGCCGUCUGACAGCAGUGUGGAUAGAUUUGUGUCCCGAGACGAAUCUGCUGACCCAGGAGAUCAGGAAAACAAGCCUUGCCGGAUCAAAGGUGACAUCGGACAGUCUACCGACGAAGAUUCUGCUCCCCUGAUCCAUUGCGUCCGCCUUCUCUCUGCUUCAUUUCUGCUGACUGGGGAGAAAAAUGCCCUGGUUCCGGACCGGGACGUGCGGGUCAGCGUGAAGGCGCUGGCACUCAGCUGCCUCGGGGCUGCCGUGGCCCUCCACCCUGAGUCUCUCUUCUGCAAGCUGUACAAAGCCCCUCCCGACACCGAGGAGCAGCCUGAGGAACAGUGCAUCUCGGACGUGGUGAACUACAUUGGCCAUGGAGACCCGCAGGUCCGAGGAGCCACGGCCGUGCUCUGCGGGACGCUCCUCUGCUCCGCCCUCAGCCACUCGCGCUUCCAGGUGGGAGGCUGGCUGGGGUCUGUCCGGACUCAGACAGGGAACGCGUUUUCUCUGGCGGACUGCGUCCCUCUGCUGCAGAGAACUUUGAAGGAUGAGUCUUCCGUUACGUGCAAGCUGGCGUGCACAGCUGUGCGGCUCUGCAUCACGAGCCUCUGCAGCAGCAGCUACAGUGACCUGGGGCUGCAGCUGAUCACCGACGUGCUGAGCCUGCGGAACAGCUCCUACUGGCUGGUGCGGACGGAGCUGCUGGAGACGCUCGCAGAGGUGGACUUCAGGUUGGUGAGCUUUCUGGAAGCAAAAGCAGAACACCUGCACAGAGGGGCGCACCAUUACACAGGGCUCUUGAAGCUGCAAGAGCGAGUGCUCAAUAACGUGGUCAUCUACCUGCUUGGGGAUGAGGACCCCAGGGUGCGGCACGUCGCUGCCGCUUCGCUGAUGAGGCUUGUCCCAAAGCUGUUUUACAAAUGUGACCAAGGACAGGCGGAUCCAGUCGUGGCUGUGGCCAGAGACCAAAGCAGCGUCUACCUGAAGCUCCUCAUGCACGAGGCGCAGCCGGCGUCCCACUUCUCCGUCAGCACCAUCACCAGAAUAUACAGAGGCUACAACUUGCUACCAAGCAUAACCGAUGUCACCAUGGAGAACAACCUGUCCAGAGUCAUUGCCGCCGUGUUGCAGCAGCUCGUCACGGCCACCACACGUGCGCUCACGUUUGGAUGCUGCGAAGCUUUGUGUCUUCUCUCCACGGCUUUUCCAGUUUGCAUCUGGAGUUUGGGUUGGCAUUGUGGGGUGCCCCCCCUGGGCGCCUCGGACGAGUGCCGGAAGAGCUGCACGGUCGGCAUGGUCACGACGGUCCUCACCCUGCUCUCGUCGGCGUGGUUCCCGCUGGACCUCUCGGCCCACCAGGACGCUCUGAUCCUGGCCGGAAACCUGCUGGCAGCCAGCGCCCCCAAGUCUCUGAGGAGUUCGUGGGCCACGGAAGAGGAGGCCGGCCCAGCCGCCAGCAAGCAGGAGGAGGUGUGGCCGGCGCUGGGGGACCGCAGCCUGGUGCCCAUGGUGGAGCAGCUCUUCUCCCACCUGCUGAAGGUGGUCAACAUCUGUGCACACGUGCUGGACGAGGUGGCUCCCGGGCCCGCCGCAAAGGCGGCCCUGCCGUCCCUGGCGAACCCCCCUUCGCUGAGCCCCAUUCGACGGAAGGGGAAGGAGAAGGAGCCUAGCGAGCAGGCGUCCGUGCCGCUGAGCCCCAAGAGAGGCGGCGAGGCCAGUCCAGCCUCCCGCCAGUCAGAAGGCUCAGGACCUGUCACAGCAAGUAAAUCCUCGUCGCUGGGGAGUUUCUACCACCUUCCUUCAUACCUCAGAUUGCAUGACGUCCUGAAAGCCACGCACGCCAACUACAAGGUCACCUUGGAUCUGCAGAACAGCACGGAGAAGUUCGGGGGCUUUCUGCGCUCAGCCCUGGACGUGCUCUCCCAGAUUCUCGAGUUGGCAACACUGCAGGACAUCGGGAAGUGUGUGGAGGAGAUCCUGGGGUACCUGAAGUCCUGCUUCAGCCGGGAGCCGAUGAUGGCCACGGUGUGUGUGCAGCAGUUGUUGAAGACGCUCUUCGGGACGAACUUGGCCUCCCAGUUUGACGGCUCCUCGUCCAACCCCAGCAAGUUCCAAGGCCGAGCCCAGCGCCUUGGCUCGUCCAGCGUGAGGCCGGGCCUGUACCACUACUGCUUCAUGGCUCCCUACACCCACUUCACCCAGGCCCUGGCGGACGCCGGCCUACGGACCACAGUGCAAGCGGAGCAGGACCACGGCGCCUCGGGGUGGUUUGAUGUCCUCCAGAAAGUGUCCACCCAGUUGAAGACUAACCUCACCGGUGUUGCCAAGAACCGUGCAGACAAGAACGCGAUCCACAGCCACAUCCGUCUGUUCGAGCCCCUGGUCAUCAAGGCGCUGAAGCAGUACACGACCACCACGUCCGUGCAGCUGCAGCGGCAGGUCCUCGACCUGUUGGCACAGCUGGUGCAGCUGCGGGUCAACUACUGUCUCCUGGACUCGGACCAGGUGUUCAUCGGCUUUGUGCUGAAGCAGUUUGAGUACAUUGAAGUCGGCCAGUUCAGGGAGUCCGAGGCCAUCAUCCCGAACAUCUUUUUCUUCCUGGUCCUGCUGUCGUAUGAACGCUAUCACUCCAAGCAGAUCAUCGGCAUCCCCAAGAUCAUCCAGCUCUGUGACGGCGUCAUGGCCAGCGGCAGGAAGGCGGUGACGCACGCCAUACCGGCUCUGCAGCCCAUCGUCCACGACCUCUUUGUGUUACGGGGAACCAAUAAGGCUGACGCAGGAAAGGAGCUGGAAACCCAGAAAGAAGUGGUGGUGUCGAUGCUCCUGAGGCUCAUCCAGUACCACCAGGUGCUGGAGAUGUUCGUCCUCGUCCUACAGCAGUGCCACAAGGAGAGUGAAGACAAGUGGAAGCGGCUGUCCCGACAGGUCGCUGACAUCAUCCUCCCCAUGCUGGCCAAACAGCAGAUGCACAUCGACUCCCACGAAGCCCUCGGAGUAUUGAACACUUUAUUUGAGAUUCUGGCCCCUUCCUCCCUCCGGCCUGUGGACAUGCUGUUGCGGAGCAUGUUCGUCACUCCAGCCACGCUGGCCUCUGUGAGCACUGUCCAGCUGUGGAUCUCAGGAAUCCUGGCCAUCCUGAGGGUUCUGAUCUCCCAGUCCACAGAAGAUAUCGUUCUCUCUCGCAUUCAGGAGCUGUCCUUCUCUCCGCAUCUGGUCUCCUGUCCCGUAAUUAAUAGGUUAAGAGAUGGGGACAGUGAUUCAGUAGCAGAAGAACACAGCGAAGGGAGACGAGAGAAGAACUCGCCGGAAGAAACAUUCUCCAGGUUCCUCCUGCAGCUGGUCGGCAUUCUCCUGGAGGACAUCGCCACCAAGCAGCCGCGAGUGGAGAUGAGCGAGCAGCAGCACACCUUCUACUGCCAGGAGCUGGGCACGCUGCUCAUGUGUCUGAUUCACAUCUUCAAGUCCGGGAUGUUCCGGAGAAUCACAGCAGCCGCCUCUAGACUCUUCACCGCGGACGGCGCUGAGGGCAGUUUCUACAGCCUGGAGAGCUUGAAUGCUCGGGUGCGCUCCAUGGUCCCCACGCACCCCGCCCUGGUGCUGCUCUGGUGCCAGAUCCUGCUGCUCGUCAGCCACACCGACUACCGCUGGUGGGCCGAGGUGCAGCAGACCCCCAGAAGACGCAGCCUGUCCAGCACGAAGUCCCUGGGUCCCCAGAUGUCUGAGGAAGAGGAGGACUCCGACUUGGCAUCCAAACUGGGAAUGUGCAACAGGGAAAUCGUCCGGCGCGGGGCCCUCAUCCUCUUCUGCGAUUAUGUCUGUCAGAACCUGCACGACUCCGAGCACCUGACAUGGCUCGUUGUGAACCACAUCCAGGACCUGAUCAGCCUGUCCCACGAGCCUCCCGUGCAGGACUUCAUCAGCGCCGUCCACCGGAACUCUGCUGCCAGCGGCCUUUUCAUCCAGGCCAUUCAGUCCCGCUGUGAGAACCUCUCCGCCCCGACCACCCUGAAGAAAACCCUUCAGUGCUUGGAAGGGAUCCACCUCAGCCAGUCGGGCGCCGUGCUAACGCUGUAUGUGGACAAGCUUUUGUGCACGCCGUUCCGUGUGCUGGCUCGCAUGGUUGACACCCUUGCUUGUCGCCGGGUGGAAAUGCUUUUGGCUGCAAAUGUACAGACCAGCACGGCCCAGCUCCCGGCAGAGGAACUGCACCGAAUCCAGGAGCACCUUCAGAGCAGCGGCCUGGCGCAGAGGCACCAGAGGCUCUACUCCCUGCUGGACAGGCUGCGUCUCGCCACCGCCCCCGGGUCCCGUGGCCCCUCUCCUCCAGUCACAGCCCACCCUCUGGAUGGGGACGGGCCCCUGGCACUGGAGACCGUGCGUCCGGACAAAGACUGGUACCUGCGCCUGGUAAGAUCCCAGUGCUGGACGAGGUCCGACUCUGCGCUGCUGGAGGGAGCGGAGCUGGUGAAUCGGAUCCCUGCAGGUGACAUGAGUGCGUUCAUGCUGAACUCGGAGUUCAACGUGAGCCUGCUCACCCCGUGCCUGGGCCUGGGCGCGCGCGAGGUCUCCGGGGGCCAGAAGAGCCCCCUUUUCGAAGCGGCUCGUGUGGCAACUCUGGACCGUGUCACCAGCGUGGUUCAGCAGCUCCCCGCUGCCCACCACGUCUUCCAGCCCUUCCUGCCCGCGGAGCCCGCCGCCUACUGGAGCCAGCUGAGCGAUCUGUUCGACUUCGUCCCCCCAGGAAGAGCUUCUGUUUCAGGGGACGCCGUGCUGUACCGCUCCCUGACCACACUGGCCCGUGCCCUGGCCCAGUACCUGCUGGUGUCCCCCAAGCUGCCUGGCCACUUGCACCUUCCUCCGGAGAAGGAGAGGGACACUGUGAAGUUUGUGGUCACGACCCUGGAGGCGCUGUCCUGGCAUCUGGUCCACGAGCACGUCCCUCUGAGCCUGGACCUCCAGGCGGGCCUGGACUGCUGCUGCCUGGCCCUGCGGCUGCCCAGCCUCUGGAGCCUGCUGGCCUCCUCGGAGAUGGUGACCCACGCCUGCUCGCUCAUCCACUGCGUCCACUUCAUCCUGGAAGCCAUUACGGUGCAGCCUGGGGACCAGCUUCUUGGUCCAGAAAGGAGGACAGCGGCCCCGGCAGCGGCCGGAGAGGACGCAGACUCGCACACCCGGAGCAAGUGUCCAGGCCCUGAGUACGUUACCGCAGCCUGCAGGAUGGUGGCCGAAAUGGUGGAGUCUCUGCCGUCUGUGCUGGCCUUGGGGCAUAAAAGGAACAGCAGCACCCCCGCGUUCCUCACGCCGGUGCUCAGGAACAUCAUCGUCAGCCUGGCCCGCCUGCCCCUCGUCAACAGCUACACGCGCAUCCCCCCGCUGGUCUGGAAACUUGGGUGGUCCCCUACGCCAGGAGGGGACUUCGGCACAGCCUUCCCCGAGGUCCCCGUGGAGUUCCUCCAGGAAAAGGAGGUCUUCCGAGAGUUCGUCUUCCGCAUCAACACUCUAGGGUGGACCAGUCGGACCCAGUUUGAGGAGACGUGGGCCACCCUGCUCGGUGUCCUGGUGACGCAGCCCCUGGUGAUGGAGCAGGAGGAGAGCCCACCGGAAGAGGACACGGAGAGGACACAGAUCAACGUCCUGGCCGUGCGGGCCAUCACCUCCCUGGUGCUGAGCGCGAUGACCGUGCCCGUGGCCGGCAACCCGGCCGUGAGCUGUUUGGAGCAGCAGCCGCGGAACAAGCCCCUGAAAGCUCUCGACACCAGGUUUGGGAGGAAGCUGAGUGUGAUCAGAGGAAUUGUUGAGCAGGAGAUUCAAGCAAUGGUUUCGAAGAGAGAGAAUGUUGCCACCCACCACUUGUACCAGGCGUGGGACCCUGUGCCAUCUCUGUCCCCUGCCACUACAGGUGCCCUCAUCAGCCACGACAAACUCCUGCUGCAGACCAACGCGGAGCGGGAGCUGGGCAGUGUGGGCUACCAGCUGGGCCAGGUGUCCAUCCACUCAGUGUGGCUGGGGAACAGCAUCACACCCCUGAGGGAGGAGGAGUGGGACGAGGAGGAGGAGGAGGAGGCCGACGUCCCCGCCCCUUCGUCACCGCCCCUGUCUCCAGUCAACUCCAGGAAGCACCGGGCUGGGGUCGACAUCCACUCCUGCUCCCAGUUCCUGCUCGAGCUGUACAGCCGCUGGGUCCUGCCGUCAAGUUCAGCCCGGAGGAUCCCCGUGGCCCUGGUCAGCGAAGUGGUUCGCUCUCUCCUGGUGGUCUCAGACUUGUUCACGGAGCGCAGCCAGUUCGAGAUGAUGUACCUGACGCUGACCGAGCUGCGGAGAGCGCACCCUUCCGAAGACGAGAUUCUCCUCCAGUACCUGGUGCCCGCCACCUGCAAGGCGGCUGCCGUCCUGGGAAUGGACAAGGCGGUGGCAGAGCCGGUCAGCCGGCUGCUGGAGAGCACGCUCAGGAGCGGCCACCUGCCCUGCAAGACGGGGGCGCUGCAUGGCCUGCUCUACGUGCUGGAGUGCGACCUGCUGGACGACACCGCCAAGCAGCUCAUCCCGGUCGUUUGCGACCACCUCCUCUCCGGCCUGCGAGGCGCGGCCCACUGCGUGAAUGUCCACAGCCAGCAGCACGUGCUGGUGAUGUGCGCCACCGCCUUCUACCUGGUCGAGAACUACCCGCUGGACGUGGGGCCCGAGUUUUCUGCAUCCAUCAUACAGAUGUGUGGGGUGAUGUUGUCCGGAAGUGAGGAGUCCACUCCGUCCACUGUCUACCACUGCGUCCUGCGGGGCCUGGAGCGCCUCCUGCUGUCCGAGCAGCUCUCCCGGCUGGACGCAGAGUCCCUGGUCAAGCUCAGUGUGGACAGAGUGAACGUGCACAGCCCGCACCGGGCCAUGGCCGCCCUGGGCCUGAUGCUCACCUGCAUGUACACAGGGAAGGAGAAGGCCAGUCCAGGCCGGACCUCCGAGCCCAGCCCUGCCACCCCCGACAGUGAGUCCGUGAUCGUGGCCAUGGAACGCGUGUCCGUGCUUUUCGACAGGAUCAGGAAAGGCUUUCCCUGCGAAGCCCGUGUGGUGGCCCGGAUCCUCCCGCAGUUCUUAGACGACUUCUUCCCGCCCCAAGACGUAAUGAAUAAAGUCAUCGGGGAGUUUCUGUCCAACCAGCAGCCCUACCCGCAGUUCAUGGCCACCGUGGUGUACCAGGUGUUCCAGACCCUGCAUGGCACGGGGCAGUCGUCCAUGGUCCGGGACUGGGUCAUGCUGUCCCUCUCCAACUUCACGCAGAGGGCCCCGGUCGCCAUGGCCGUGUGGAGCCUCUCCUGCUUUUUCGUCAGUGCGUCCACCAGCCCGUGGGUCUCGGCAGUGCUCCCCCACGUCAUCAGCAGGAUGGGCAGGCUGGAGCAGGUGGACGUCAACCUUUUCUGCCUGGUGGCUGCGGAUUUCUACAGACACCAGAUUGAGGAGGAGCUGGACCGCCGGGCCUUCCAGUCUGUGUUCGAGGUGGUGGCCACGCCGGGAACCCCUUACCAGCGGCUGCUGGCCUGUUUGCAGAACGUUCACAAGGUGGCCUCGUGCUGAGCUCCUGGGGACACAGACAGUGUCGGGCUCAGGGUCGGUCGCACCUUGGGCUGCCGCGCUCUUGCAGGGAGGCCGCGUGCGGGCGUGCGGUGGUCGAGUGUGGGCUGAGCUUCGGCCUCACAGGAGGCACAGGCUGGCCCUCCCGUGUGCUAGUGUCGAUGCCGGUGAGUGUGCACCUUCCUCCAGCGGCCAGCCCAGCCCUCGGGGCCUGGCCUCGGCUGCUCUCGUGUCCAGGACUCGAGUCCUCUUGCUCGUGCAGGUCGGCCGGCCGCCCCUGCUGUCUCACAGGCGCUGCUCCUGGCGGAGUUCACGGGGGUGGGGAGCAUGGGCCCAGAGCCACACUCCCUUCCUGGUUUCUUCUCAGGACUUAAAGCUUAAUUGUAUCAGUAAAGAGAUUAAUUUUAAGGUA